AUGUCCAAUAAGUUGUGGCGCAAUCCUGCGCUGCUUGCAAUCUUUGGCACUCUAGCGUUCUUCAAUUUACAGGUUGCUUCUGCUGAAGAAGUGAUCGAAGAAAUUGUUGUAACGGGUUCAUUUAUCCGUGGUACACCUGAAGAUGCGGCUCUGCCCGUCGACGUGACGACCCGCGAUGACUUACAGGAUGUUGGUAACCCAACCAUAACGGAAUUAGUCCGAAAUCUGGGUAUUUCCAACGGUAACCUCGGCGAAACCAACCAGUUCAACUCGUCUGGCGGACAGGGUAACGAGGGUGUGGCCACUAUCAACCUGCGCGGCCUGGGUUCUGCCCGCUCCCUGGUGUUGAUCAACGGAAGACGCCACGUUUCUGUCUCUACUAUCGGUGUAGACAUCAGUGCAGUACCCAGCAUUGCCAUUGAGCGUAUGGAGGUUCUGAAAGAUGGUGCCGCGGCACUGUACGGUUCAGACGCCAUUGCUGGUGUUGUGAACUUCAUUACCCGAGAAAACUUCGAAGGUUUUGAAAUUCGCGGUUCUGGUCAGUUUCUGGAUGAAAGUGACGGUGAGUUCAACGCCUCAGCGAUCUGGGGUAUGAAUACAGGCCGUGCUAGAUUCAUGGCAGCAGCAGAAUGGGACAGCCGCUCUAAAGUGGGUAUUUCUGAUCGUGACUGGGCUGUCCCGACACGCGCCGCAAAUCCACAAGCUGGCUAUUCGAGCAUCGGCAAUCCAGGGCGACUGUUCCCGAUUUCACCAUCGGCCGUCUCCGCAGCUAACCCUGCUGGAUCUGUACCAACAAUCGACCCUGAGUGUGAAACCCUGGGUGGUACUGCAAGCGGUUCAACGUGUUUCUUCCAGUUCACUCAAUUCGAUAAUCUGAUUGAAGAACAGGACACCUACAAGUUAUUCACUGAAUUCAACUACGACAUCAGCGAUGAUGUUGAAUUCCAUAUUGAAGCCUUGUACUCAAAAAUGGAUAUGCUGGACUGGAACACCUCUCCUUCUUAUCCACCGCAGUCUCUGUUUGGUCCUGACCGACUGGUACCCUUGGAUAGCCCUGGUGUACUUGACCUGCAAGCGACCUAUCCCGGCAUUCUUCCGGCAGAUACAGCUGCCCUUUAUACCAUCACACGUAUGACGGGUUGGGGUGGCUUCUUAGGUGAUGCCGCGGAUGGCUCUCGCGAGACUGAUACCUAUCGCGUCUCCACCGGUUUGAAUGGCGAAUUGUUUGAAGGCGCCCUUGGCCUUGAUGUCGCGGUGAGUUGGUCCAAGCGCGAUCGUCGUGUAGUGACCCCUGAUAUGUUUGUCGAGCGCAUGGCGCAGGCACUGAACGGCCUAGGCGGCCCUAGCUGUGAUCCGGCAAAUGACGCUCCGGGAACGGGUGGUUGUAUGUAUUACACACCUUUCUCCAAUGCUGUAGCACGAUCUGCGACCACUGGCGCAAUCAACCCAAAUGCCAAUCCUGACCUGGUGGCUAUGAACGAAGCACUGUUCCCAUGGAUGGUCGCCGACAACGGCACGGACAGUACCUUCGAACUACUGGUGUUUGAUGCCACCUUUAAUGGUGAAACGGGCAUUCAACUCGGCGGUGGUAAUGUGGGUUGGGCAGCGGGUAUUCAAACCCGAAACGAGCAAUAUGACUUGCGUCCCGAUGCCAUCAAUAAUCUUGACAUCAACCCCUGCCCUUUCCGUGAGCAAUCGUCGUUAGAUGCCGGCUACACACCUACACUGGGUUGUGAUGCACCCAUUGGUUUGUUUGCGUUCCUAUCAGGCACCGCACCCGCCUCAACAGAACGAACCGUGUACGGCGGCUUCUUUGAGUUGGCGCUACCUUUCACAGAUCGUCUGGAUGCCCAGUUUGCCAUGCGUUUUGAAGACUACGGCGGCGAUGUAGGUUCUACGGUCGAUCCUAAGCUGGCACUGCGCUUCCAGGCAACGGAUUCGCUUGCUAUCCGCGCUUCUGUAUCCAGCACGUUCCGUGGCCCACCACAGCCUUUCCUUGAAGGUCGUGGUACGUCACUGCAGUUUGUCGGUCCAACCAACGCGUUCAAAGCCAUUGAUACGUUAGGUAACCCGGACCUGGAUCCUGAAAAAGCAAUCACCACUAACAUUGGUUUCAUCUUUGACCAAGGUAGUUUCUACGGAUCGUUAGACUACUGGCGCUUCGACUUUGAAGACCCCUUCCAGAUUGAAAGCUUCAAUGCAAUCCUGGGUGCUUAUAGUGCCAAUGGUUGUGGUACUGGCGGUGCCGGUGAUGGUUCCGCUGACUGCAGUCAAUUGGAGUCGCAUAUCAUCUUCCAGGAAGGUGCUGACAGAAACGUGGCCAAUUUGGCCCGUAUGGAAGUGAACUGGAUCAAUGGCACCGACAUCACCACCUCCGGUAUCGACUGGAUGGCUCAAUACGAUUUCGAAAUGAACAACGGCACGCUAACUGUGGGUACACAAGGUACGUAUACCCUUGAAUACGACGUUGAUGAUUUCUUCGAAAUUGGUGGUGUAUUUCUAACGCCUGGCGGUGACUUUGCCGGUGAGUUGAAUGACAACCGUAAUUCACUGACCCCUGUGGUCGACCUGCAAGGCAACAUCUUUGUCAAGUAUGUCGCCGGUCGUCAUCGUGCCCAGAUUGUGGGUCGAUACUGGGGUGAAUACGAAGACGAGAGCGCGAUUGCUUCGCUGCAGACUAUCGACGACAUGUUCACCGUCGACUUCACUUACAACUUGAGCCUGAUGGAAGAUCAGUUGAACCUCGAUCUGUCUGUCUACAACUUGUUUGAUGAAGAUCCACCUCAAGCACAAACUGACUUGAACUACGAUGCCUAUACGCAUAAUGCGUUCGGCCGCAUGAUCAAAGUUGGUUUUACCUAUACCUUCGGCGCUGACUACUAA